CAUUGGUACCCAGAAACAACCGGAAGCGCAGCAGAAACGACGUGCUACGGGCGAAAGUGAAUUGAUAAUGGUCUACGAUUUAUUGUGAUCGCUUGGAAAGAAUACUUUUAUAAUCGUGGGGAAAUGACAAAUAACUCAAUCGCAGAUCCACGACUAUUCUUCAAUCUUCAUUUUGGACAAGAUAAAGCUGAAUGAAGGCGUAGCCUGUCUGGGAAUUGUUGUCGGAUUCUUUACCUGACCAGAAAGAAAAACUAAUGCCCUCUCUCGUCCUGGACGCUCUCCGUUCCCCCUGAACGUGCAGAAUGAAAAGAUGGAACAGCUGCUUGUACCGCCAGGACCAGACAGCUUCCAUCCGUUCUCCCGCGAGUCUCUCCAGGCCAUCGAGAGGCGGGUCGCAGCGGAGAAAGCCAAGAAGCCCCGAGGGGAGGCGAGCAACGAUGACGAGGAGCGACCCAGGCCCAACAGGGACCUGGAGGCGGGGAAACCGCUGCCCUUCAUCUACGGGGACAUCCCCCCCGGCCUGGUGUCCACACCCCUGGAGGACUUGGACUCCUUCUACAGCAAUCAGAAAACCUUCAUAGUCCUGAACAGAGGAAAAACCAUCUUCCGUUUCAACGCCAGUCCUGCCUUGUGUGUCCUGAGCCCCUUCAACCUUAUUAGAAGAAUAUCAAUUAAGAUUUUGGUACAUUCAUUGUUCAGCAUGAUUAUCAUGCUCACUAUCCUGACCAACUGUGGGUUUAUGGCCCUGAGCCAGCCCCCAGACUGGGCCAAGAAUGUGGAGUACACAUUCACUGGGAUUUAUACAUUUGAAUCGUUAGUUAAAAUUCUGGCUCGAGGGUUUUAUAUAGGGAAGUUCACAUUUCUAAGAGAUCCAUGGAACUGGUUGGACUUCUGUGUGAUUGUCAUGGCAUAUGUGACAGAGUUUGUGGACCUGGGCAAUGUCUCAGCCCUGAGAACCUUCAGGGUUUUGCGCGCUCUGAAAACGAUAUCGGUCAUCCCAGGUCUGAAGACCAUCGUGGGAGCUCUGAUCCAGUCUGUGAAGAAGCUCGCCGACGUGAUGAUCCUCACAGUCUUCUGCCUCAGUGUGUUUGCUCUCAUUGGCCUCCAGCUGUUCAUGGGCCAUCUGAGACACAAGUGUGUACGGAACAGCAGCCUCACCCACCUCAACUGGAGCGAGCACAUCAACGAUCCAUUAAAUUAUUACAUCAUCCCAGGUAAAAAGGACCCCUUGCUCUGUGGAAAUGGCACAGAAGCUGGGCAGUGUCCAGAGGGGUACUUCUGCGUCAAAGCGGGCCGGAACCCAGACUACGGAUACACCAGCUUUGACACGUUCCUCUGGGCCUUCCUGGCUCUGUUCAGACUGAUGACUCAGGACUACUGGGAGAACCUCUACCAGCAGACUCUCCGGGCCUCAGGGAAGCCCUACAUGAUGUUCUUCGUGCUGGUCAUCUUCCUGGGCUCGUUCUACCUGGUGAACCUGAUCCUGGCCGUGGUGGCCAUGGCGUACGACGAGCAGAACCAGGCCACCAUCGAGGAGGCCCUGCAGAAGGAGGAGGAGUUCCAGGCCAUCCUGGAACAGCUGAGGAGACAGCAGGAGGACGCCCAGGCGGUGGUGGCAGCAGCUGCUGAGAGGGAGUCCAGUGAGAGAGGAGAGCUCACCGAGACGUCGUCCUCCGCGUCCCGGCUCAGCUCCAAGAGCGCCAAGGAGCGCCGGAACCGGCACAAGAAGAAGAAGACGGAGAUGGAGAGAGCCGACAGCAAGUUCCACCGGUCCGAGUCUGAGGACAGCAUCAAGAGGAACCGCUUACGCUUCUCUGUGGACGCCAACCUGCUCUCCUACGACAUGAGGUGUUCCACUACGCAGCAGUCCUUCCUGAGUGUCCGUGGCCCCCUACUCUCCUCCAGACGGAACAGCCAGGCCAGUGUGUUCUCCUCCAGACGCAACAGCCAGGCCAGUGUGUUCUCCUCCAGACGCAACAGCCAGGCCAGUGUGUUCAGCUUCAGGGGACGCCCUGCACGUUGCGGCUCGGACAACCAUUUUGCCGAUGACGAAAACAGCACGUUGGAGGACAACGGCAGUAGGCGGAGCUCUCUGUUCGUCCCCCGACGGGCAGACCGUCGCUACAGCAGCGUGAGCCAGAACAGCUUGCUGUCACAUGUCCUGCUGUCGACCAACGGGAGGAAGAAGCACUGCUCCGUGGACCGCAACGGGGUGGUGUCCCUUGUGGGCGGGGCUUCUCUUCCCUCGUCCCCAGCAGGCUUGCUGCUGCCUGAGGUGACAGUAGAUAUGGUCACUUCUGAUGACAAUGGCGCCACCUCAGACACAGAGUACAUGAGGGAUGAGGGCGGAGCCUAUCAGGCCCCCAUGGACUUCCUGGGAGACCCUGUGGCCAGACAGAGAGCCCUGAGUGUGGCGAGUAUUAUAACCAACACCAUGGAAGAGCUUGAAGAGUCCAGACAGACAUGCCCGCCUUGCUGGUACAAGUUUUCCAGCACCUUCCUGAUCUGGGACUGCUGCCCAGCAUGGCUGAGGUUCAAGAAGCUGGUCAACCUGAUCGUGAUGGACCCGUUUACAGACCUAGCCAUCACCAUCUGCAUUGUCCUCAACACGGUGUUCAUGGCUAUCGAGCAUUACCCUUCCUCCAUAGCAUUUAAUAACAUGCUCUCUACGGGAAACCUGGUGUUCACAGGCAUCUUCACGGCUGAGAUGUGCUUCAAAAUCAUCGCUAUGGACCCGUAUCAAUAUUUCCAAGAGAAAUGGAACAUAUUUGAUAGCAUUGUAGUCACUAUAAGCUUGCUGGAGUUCGGUUUGGCUAGUGUGCCUGGAAUGUCUGUCCUCAGGUCAUUUAGGCUGCUCAGAGUGUUCAAGCUGGCCAAGUCGUGGCCCACCCUCAACAUGCUGAUCAAGAUCAUCGGGAACUCGGUGGGCGCCCUGGGCAACCUGACGAUCGUCCUGGCCAUCAUCGUGUUCAUCUUCGCCGUGGUGGGCAUGCAGCUGUUUGGGAAGAACUACAAAGACUGCAAGUGUAAGAUCAACAAAGACUGCGAGCUCCCUCGCUGGCACAUGCAUGACUUCUUCCACUCGUUCCUGAUCGUGUUCCGGGUGCUGUGCGGGGAGUGGAUAGAGACCAUGUGGGACUGCAUGGAGGUGUCUGGCCUGGGCAUGUGUCUGAUCGUCUUCAUGAUGGUCAUGGUCAUCGGGAACCUGGUGGUGCUGAACUUGUUCCUGGCGCUGCUACUGAGCUCCUUCAGCGCUGACAACCUGGCGGCCACGGACGAGGACAGCGAGAUGAACAACCUCCAGAUCGCCAUCGGACGGAUCCAGCGCGCUGCCGACUUCACCAAGGCCCUGAUCUGCCGCUCGGUGCACCACGUCUGCCUGAGGAAGAGGAGGAGGAAGAAGAGGAGCCAGGGAGACGACAAGCCUCUGGACGACCUCCACAAAGCCCUGGAGCACAACUGCAUAACCAACCACACCACGGUGGAGAUCCUGAAGGAUCUGGCCUUCCCCAGGGACGGCAACGGGACUGCCACCGGCGUGGACAACAACGGAGGGAAGUACAUAGUCAACAGUAACAGCGACUACAUGCCCUUCCUUCAGAACGCCAGCCUGACGAUCACUGUGCCAAUCGCUGUGGGGGAGUCGGACUUUGAGAACCUCAACGCGGAAGACUUCAGCAGCGACUUCUCUGACACAGAGGGGAGCAAAGAGAUGCCGGUUGACUCCCAGCCCAGCUCGUCUGAGGGCAGCACCGUGGACAUCCCGCGCCUGGGCGAGGGGGGGGACUCGGUGGACAUGGAGCCAGAGGAGUCCCUGGAUCCUGAGGGCUGCUUCCCUGACGGUUGCGUCCGCAGGUUCCACUGUUGCCAGGUGAACGUGGAGGAGGGCAGGUGGAAGCUGUGGUGGACCCUGAGGAAGACUUGCUUCAGGAUCGUGGAGCACAACUGGUUUGAGACGUUCAUCAUCUUCAUGAUCCUGCUCAGCAGCUCGGCCCUGGCCUUUGAAGACAUCUAUAUAGAGAAAAUGAAGACCAUUAAGAUUUUGUUGGAGUUUGCAGACAAGAUCUUCACAUACACUUUUAUUCUAGAAAUGUUACUGAAAUGGGUGGCUUAUGGAUUUGCAAAGUACUUCACUAAUUACUGGUGCUGGUUGGACUUCCUCAUUGUUGAUGUCUCCCUGGUCAGCCUCGCGGCCAACGCCCUGGGCUAUGCUGAGCUGGGGGCCAUCAAGUCUCUGAGGACGUUACGGGCUCUGCGGCCACUGAGAGCGCUGUCCCGCUUCGAGGGCAUGAGGGUGGUGGUGAACGCUCUGCUGGGGGCCAUCCCCUCCAUCUUCAACGUGCUGCUGGUCUGUCUGAUCUUCUGGCUCAUCUUCAGCAUCAUCGGGGUCAACCUGUUCGCAGGGAAGUACCACUACUGUGUCAACGUCACCAGCAACUACCGCUUCAAGCUGGAAGAGAUCGCCAACAAGACCGCCUGUCUCAACGCCGCGCCCGGCGGCGCCAGCUGGAAGAACGUCAAGAUCAACUUCGAUAACGUGGGCGCAGGAUAUCUAGCCCUGCUGCAAGUGGCUACAUACAAAGGCUGGAUGGACAUCAUGUAUGCAGCAGUGGACUCCCGUAAUGUGGAUGAACAACCAGUUUAUGAGAUCAACCUGUACAUGUACAUGUACUUUGUGGUGUUCAUCAUUUUUGGAUCCUUCUUCACGCUCAACCUCUUCAUUGGGGUCAUAAUAGAUAACUUCAACCAGCAAAAGAAGAAGUUUGGAGGUCAGGACAUCUUCAUGACGGAGGAGCAGAAGAAGUACUACAAUGCCAUGAAGAAGCUGGGCUCCAAGAAGCCCCAGAAGCCCAUCCCCCGGCCAAACAACAAGUUUCAAGGAUGCAUCUUCGAUUUCACAACAAAGCAAGGCUUUGACAUUUUCAUCAUGAUUCUCAUCUGCCUUAACAUGGUCACCAUGAUGGUGGAGACGGACGACCAGACUGAAGACAUGGAAAAUAUUCUGUACUGGAUUAACAUGGUCUUCAUCAUGCUGUUCUCGGGAGAGUGUUUGUUAAAGAUGAUCUCUCUCCGCCAUUACUACUUCACCAUUGGUUGGAAUGUAUUUGACUUCAUCGUAGUAAUCAUGUCUGUAAUUGGCAUGUUUCUCUCGAAUGUGUUUGAAAAGUUGUUUGUUUCGCCAACUUUAUUCCGAGUCAUCCGAUUGGCCCGGAUCGGCCGCAUCCUCCGCCUCAUCAAGGGUGCCAAGGGAAUACGCACGCUCUUGUUUGCCUUGAUGAUGUCACUUCCUGCCUUGUUCAACAUUGGUCUCCUGCUGUUUUUAGUCAUGUUCAUCUACGCCAUCUUUGGCAUGUCGAACUUUGCGUACGUCAAGAAGCAGGCCGGGAUCGACGACAUGUUCAACUUUGAGACGCUUGGCAACAGCUUGAUCUGUUUGUUCCAAAUCACCACGUCGGGGGGCUGGGACAGCCUGCUGGCACCCAUGCUCAACACUGACGACUGUGACAAGAAAAGCGAGCACCCUGGGACCCCCUACAAGGGCGACUGUGGAAACCCCGCGGUUGGGAUCAUCUUCUUCGUCAGCUACGUCAUCAUCUGUUUCCUCAUCGUGGUCAACAUGUACAUCGCCGUCAUCCUGGAGAACUUCAGCGUGGCGACCGAGGAGAGCGCCGAGCCCCUCAGCGAGGACGACUUUGAGAUGUUCUACGAGGUGUGGGAGAAGUUUGACCCGCGCGCCACCCAGUUUGUGGAGUACGACAAGCUGUCGGACUUCGCGGACGCCCUGGACCCUCCGCUGCGCAUAGCGAAGCCCAACAAGAUCCAGCUGAUCUCCAUGGACCUGCCCAUGGUGAGCGGCGAGAGGAUCCACUGCCUGGACAUCCUGUUCGCCUUCACCAAGCGCGUCCUGGGCGAGGGAGGAGAGAUGGACAUGCUCCGCGGGCAGAUGGAGGAGCGCUUCAUGGCAUCCAACCCCUCCAAGGUGUCCUACGAGCCCAUCACCACCACGCUGCGACGCAAGCAGGAGGACAUGUCGGCCAUCGUCAUCCAGAGGGCUGCCAGACACUACAUCCACCGACACUCUGUUCAAAGAGCCUCCAACGUGUCCAGUCAGGAGACCCUGGCGGACACGGAGGACCUCGUCAUCGAGAGGCUGAACGAGACGUCGACUUCGGACAAGACGGCCACGCCGCCCUCCACGGCAUCUCCCCCUUCCUACGACAGCGUGACCAAACAAGACGCUGACAAAUACGAGAAAGACAAAACCGAGCAGGAGGUCGCAGGCAAAGAUGGGAAGGAAGACGAAAAGUAGAGCGGGUUGUGGGGAAAGAUGCAACAUAGCCUUUAAAUGACCAAAUGCCUUUGAAGGUGGCCAAUGUGUGGAGUGGACGUCCUUCCGUCCAUUGGUGUGGAUAUCUAUGCCAAAUAGACAAUGCUUGAGUUCAGAGUUACAUGUUGGUGCCUGGAGUGAAGACUCAGGAAGUUCUCAGGCUGUCAUGGCUGACCUUUGACUUUUAGUUGGUAUUUUCUGGUAUUUAAAAAGAAGACACUCAUUCUGAACAGGGCCAUGGGUCUCUCAGGCUUUGUGACAAUCAGUAAAUUAUUAAGUAUUUCACUUAAUUUGCGGCUCGAUCUUUUAGUGCUGCACCCAGUGUCUUCAAUACACUUCUCCUGCCAUUUUACAAACUGAUAUUUCUUACAGAAGCUCGUUUACGAUCAUUCUGUUUUUCCCAGAUCAUAGGUUGUUCUUGUGCUUUCGAUAUUUUUGUAAACAGUCGUUUGUCUUUGGUCUUGUCUUCACCCAACCACUCACGAUGGCAGUAGGAAACUGCUGCAGUUAAAUAGACGUGUACUUGCAUGAAUACCUAUCCAUAAUUAUGCAUGUUAUAAUUCACCAUGGUUGAUCUGUCCAUCUCUUUCUUUAAUGAUUUCUGAAGUACUGACCUUCAAUAGGACUUGGAGUCACCAUCACACAUUAUUCACACCAUCACAAAUCUUAGACAUUCCUUCGUCAGAGCACAUAGUCAGAACUCCUCUAUUUUAUAACAGUAACUUUGCACUGCCUACAGUAAAACACACACACAGAGGGUGCUAAUGUGCUCACACACACGUGUCAUUCAUUCAUCAGAAACUCUUGUAGCCACUCUUGGUUGUGUCGCUAACUUAUGAUUCAACCCAGAUACCACGGGCGAGUCCUGGUGUGGACCCAGCGCUGAGGUUGCUGUACUUGGCGAGGCUGUGGGUAUUCAGUCGGUCAGAGCUACGCCUCAGACUCUAAACCUGAUCGACAGACAGCUGAAGUGGAUUGCAGUUCAGCUGUGGUUCAAGGAAAGGUCGUGAGUGGGUCACAUGGUUCUGCGUUUGGACGCUAUCCAUGACCAGCUCAACAUGUUCCUGCUGGUCAGCUCUGGACAGCCUCCCACGACCCAGCCCAGACCCCAUCCCAGACCCCAGCCCAGACCCCAGCCCACAGAUCCCAGGACCAGCCCACAGAUCCCAGCCCAGACCCCACCCCCUGUCUCAGUCCUGCCCUGUGCCCCUGGCUCACACUGUGCUGCCCCCUGAGAACUCCCCCGUGGCUCCCCCCCUGAGGACUCCCCCGUGGCUCCCCCCCUGAGGACUCCCCC